AUGGCAAAAAAAUGUACUGUUGCUACUGGAUGCUACAAAUUGGCGACUUCUGCAUCCCUUCCUAUUCCUGGGAACUGUUCACUCUGCUUAACCGCGAGUGGAUGGCGAGGCCACUACUUGCCGUGGGGUGGAAUUCCCCUCGAAGUGAAGGUGCUGGUGCCAAACGAGCUGUAUAUGAACACUCUCGGGAAAAACACGCUGUUGCUCCAGGAUGCAGUGACAGGUGCAAAUGUGGCUGAUAUGAAUAGUGUGUUCCUGGUGAAGUGCCCACACAGUGUGUGUUCACGAGAGACACUAAACAGUGGUGAUCAGGCAGUGAGUGUUGAUGUGUGUAUUGGGUCCGCUGUCACGGAUCGUGUGUACUUGUCUGCUAAGGGUCGACCCUUCUCUGCAACAACAGGU